CCCUCACAGAGCAGGUGUUGGCUGGGAUUCCCAGCCGGGACCCACUGGGGUUCUACAGGGACCCGAACAGGUGUGAAGCUCUAGAAACAAUCACAGGUGCUGCAGCACCCCUUUGCUUGAAGUACUUACCAUUAUGUACAGGGUUUACAGUUUGGUGCAAUGGUUCCAGCACUGCUGGAAACAACAGGGUUUAUGGGUGAGCAAAUGACUGUUCCUCAGAUCAACCCCCCCCCCUUUUUUUUUAGAAAUUAUCAGUAUUUAUUAUUUGGACUGCAAUAGCCCUUAAAAGCCCCAGUGACAGAUAAGGACCCCAUUGUGCAAGGCACUGUGCAAACACAGAAAAGAUAGAAUGUCAAUUCUUCGCAGCAGGAACUAUGCAGAGGAGAAAAAACAACAGGUGCAGACAGACAGGGGAGGGCAAGGAAACAGUGAGACAAUAUAAGUCAGGAAAUGCACCUUCAUUGCUUCACUUCAGCUGGGUUCUCUCUCUCCUACAUGAACAAAUAAAAAAAGGAGGCAUGCAAAAUACUUUCGGAAAAACUACUGAACUAGGGGGACUGAAAGUAACAGAAUUAAGGGCUUGAUCCUGCAACCACUGCAGGGCUUAGGAGGAGCUAAUACUUUCACAGCCCCCAGCGGUGUGCAUGGAAAGUGUUUGUAAGCUGGACUCUUGUCUAGGAAACAGUACUGUGUCUUUAAGGGCCUCUCUCUUUGUUGCCAAGUUACAGCCUGUCUCCUAGCAACAUACAGUUUGUUACUUAAGCACCCUGUUUCUUGUGUGCCUGGUCAAUUUCCUGCCUCUUUGUCCUGCCUGGACCAGAGUCCUAAAAAGGUCUUAGCUCAAAAUGUCCCAGGGGCAACUGCCGGAAGCAUUCACCACCUGCAACAAAGAGGCAGAGGAGGGUCGGUCCCAGAGAACCAGUGACUACUACAGAGUUAAUGACAAUUUGCCAGCCAGGUUCAACCACCCAGGAUGGUUUCGGGGCUACAGAACGAAUGAGCCCCAUCCCAGGUACAGGACCACCAACCAGAUCUAUGGAAGCAAAGCACCUACUGUACAUGAAAUGCCAACCUCCUUUAACAUUACCUCACAUGCAUUUUCGAAACAUCUCGGAAAGUGUGGCAUGUAUAGGAAUAACGGGCUCAACACCUACAUGGACAAAAGUGAUGUGACUGGCAUAGAUAACUUUAUCACCUUCUACGACAGACUCAACUUUCAUCCCAGUUACAAUGGCAGUGGGCCAUCCCACUGUGAAUAAUGUUUCAGCUCUGGUGUCUGCAGUAUGACACUGUUCUUCAGUUUACUGUCUACUG